UCAUAAUCAAGUUGAUGAUGAAAUUGAAGUGUUCCGAUCCAGUCUCCAUUCCAUGAUAAGCAGACAGCAUCACCAGUGCAGACAGCUAUGGAAUCAAGAACUAGAGGAAUCGUUCUCAAAGAUGGUCCCUUCACAUAUGGUUUCUGAUGAACAGUCUUCUGGUCAAAGUCCAUGUCAGACGGUACCUCACAACCCUAGCUCACAAGAUACGUGGUCAUCAGAAAUUUUCCACAGCUCCUCAGAUCAGCCAAGAAUAGAAGCCAUGUCAACCUCUACUUCCAGCAUCCAUGGUGAUGAGGGGUCAAUGCACUUUGUACCAAGUCUAGGAUCUAGUAGCAGCAACGAGUUGUCUUUAGAAGCGGAGAUGAAUAGGUUGACCGUUCAGCUUCUUACAUCUGCACUCACCAUAAGCAAUGCCCUACACAGACAGGAAUACGCUACAUGAACAAUACACACAUCAGUCCUACAUGCUUUCCGUCUUCCAGAUGUAGGGGGCAGAGGGCGCCCCCUACCCCUAAAUUCUUCGCAUUGUUGAACGAAGAACAGUGACCCCAAUACUCUUCGUAAUGGACACAUUUAUCACCUGGAUUAAGAGUGGCAAGUUCAGAAUAUUGUCUUGCCUGACGACCCUGACCGACACCAAUUCCUUUCUAAGACUUGAUCUAUUAAGACAAGAUCUACAAAAUAUCUGUGCCUUUCACUUGGUUAUGAUGAAGAUGAAUGGACACAUUUAUCACCUGGAUUAAGAGUGGCAAGUUCAGAAUAUUGUCUUGCCUGACGACCCUGACCGACACCAAUUCCUCUCUAAGACUUGAUCUAUUAAGACAAGAUCUACAAAAUAUCUGUACCUUUCACUUGGUUAUGAUGAAGAGAGAGAUGGAGAGAAAGAGAUAACACGUCAGAGCCCCAUCUUACAAAAAGAGUUACGAUUGAU